UCGGACUUCUGCCCCACAAGCCGGCGGUGGGCGGCCUCCGGCCCAGGAGGCGCGGCGCCUUUAAGGGCCCCGCCCACCCAGUCAGGUGACCGGGCCGUCGCUUAGCAACAAGACGCCGCGCGGCCCCUCACGGCCCCAGGGCUGAGAAGCUGUUUCCUGCCCGCUCGUUCUUUCCCCCGAAGCUCGGGUGGACCGAGGCGAGAUGUCCGAGGAGGACCCCCAGGGAUGCGCGGAGCAAGAGGUGCCCAAGGCCAAGGCCCCGCCGGAGAAAACCAGCGACUACUACCGCGUGAGCGAGGACCUGCCGGCCAGGUUCAACAACCCGGCUUGGUUUCGGGGCUACAGGACCAAGGAGCCCCCCUCAGUGUACAGGACCAGUAACCAAGCUUAUGGGAGCAGAGCACCCACCGUGCACGAGAUGCCGAAGGUAUUUUAUCCAAAUUCGUAUAAAUUUUCUAGACAAGUUGCAGCUGGUGGAAUGUUCCAGAACAAUGCUUUCAACGUCUCCAUGGAGAAGAGCAUUGUGACGGGUCCGGACAACUACAUCACCUUCUACGAUCGGCUCAACUUCCACCCCAGCUACAGGGUCAGCAAGCCGUCCAUCUGUGAUUGAGGGGCCUCCCGGCUCUGGCAGAGAUAGUCUGGACAGUUGGCAGCCCUAAUCUUUGAUAAGUUGCCCAAUUGUAAAGGAACACACUUCACUGCUUUCCCUGAAAAUAUUUUCCCCCUCUAGGUUAGAAAAAUUUGCAAACGGGGCUAUGAUGCCCUACUUUCUCUGUUUUACAUCUAGAUGAAAAAGAGCUAAUAGCUUGACUUUCCAUUAAAAACCUUGCCAUGUCCCCAGUCCCUGACUCAGGUAUAAUCAAUGAGUAGGGCGGUGGGCAUCCUGGGACCCCGAUCUCAGUCUGAAUCCUGGGAACGCCCGAGAGCCCCACCUGCAUCUUUGUUUGGGAGCCAUUUUUAUACUCAUGACAAACUACGCGUGGUUUCUGUUCUCAAGCAUCCUGCCGAGCCACGGAGGGAGGGUAGGAUGCUCUGCCUGGGUGUGGACGAGGGCUGGGCGAGGAGGCAGAGGGGACCUCAGGAGGAAAGCUCCAGGCGGGACCAGGCAGGAGGGCCCUUACUGGCCCUGACCCGGGCCAAGCUUGGAGUGAUAUUGAGCACCCCCUGGCCACGAAUGGGGCGGGGGCAGAGGCGGAAUCAACAAGGUUGGUGACUGCUGCUUGUUGCUGAGGGGUGAGGUGUACGUCGGGCUUCUCCACUUGCUGU